CGGAACAAAGAAGAGCCGCGGACGCGGAAGAGGAUUAAAGUGACCCGCGUUGGUUCCGAUCGACCUGGUUUAAUACCGAAUGUGCGCCGCGGAGUCGGUUCUCGAUUUGAAACCGUCAUUGGACAAAAGAAGAAAAGAUGGUGGCCGGUGAGCUCGUGCAGGAGCUCCCGCGCGCGGACACCGGCGCACCUGAUGACGUGACGGCGGGAAUAAAGAGUCGGGAACAGGAGCGGUACGUGGAACCGGCGGACGUGGAGCAGGACGGAGUCCCGGAGAAGGAGGCGCCGCCGGGAGAAGGAGAGGCGAUGCUGCCGAACGGAGGAGAGCAGGAGGAGACGCGCCCGGAGACCCGACUGUACCGGCGCCGGUUCGCGGUUCUGACCGUGUUCAGCCUGUACUCCCUGGUGAACGCCUUCCAGUGGAUCCAGUACAGCAUCAUCGCCCACGUCUUCAAGCGCUUCUACGACGUCACUAACGGCCAGGUGGACUGUCUGUCCAUCGUCUACAUGGUGGUCUACGUGCCGCUCAUCUUCCCGGCCACCUGGCUGCUGGACCGGACCGGUCUGCGGCUCACGGCGCUGCUGGGCGCCGGCCUCAACUGCGCCGGAGCCUGGAUGAAGUGCGCCAGCGUCCGGCCCAAGCUGUUCGGCGUCACCGUCACCGCGCAGGUCGUCUGCUCCGUGGCGCAGGUCUUCAUCCUCGGGCUGCCGUCCCGCGUGGCCUCGGUGUGGUUCGGACCCCGCGAGGUGUCCACAGCGUGCGCCACGGCCGUGCUGGGCAACCAGUUGGGGACAGCCGUUGGCUUCUUGCUGCCUCCUGUUUUGGUUCCCAACACACCUGAUGACAUUCCACUGAUGGCCCACAACAUCAGCAUUAUGUUCUACGGCACCGCUGCUGUUUCCACCGGCCUCUUCAUCCUCACCGUUAUCGUGAUAAAGGACCGCCCUCUCCUCCCUCCCAGUCAGGCGCAGGCGGUGCUGCCAGACUGUCCUCCUGAUGACUACUCCUACAGACAGUCCAUCACCAACCUGAUGAUGAACAAAGCCUUCGUCCUGCUGCUCAUCACCUACGGUAUCAUGACAGGUUCAUUCUACUCCGUCUCCACCCUCCUCAACCAGAUGAUCACGACCUACUAUAAGAACGAGGAGCUGAACGCCGGGAGAAUCGGUCUGACUCUGGUCCUCGCCGGCAUGGUCGGCUCCGUCCUCUGCGGCUUUUGGUUGGAUCACACAAAGACGUACAAGAUGACCACUCUGAUCGUGUACGUUCUGUCCUUCCUCUUCAUGGUGGUCUUCACCUUCACGCUGAACCUCAACAACAUCUACCUGGUCUUCUUCACUGCUGGAGCACUGGGGUUCUUCAUGACGGGAUACCUUCCUCUGGGCUUUGAGUUUGGGGUGGAGAUCACCUACCCGGAGUCUGAAGGCACGUCAUCUGGACUCCUCAAUGCUUUUGCCCAGAUAUUUGGGAUCAUUUUCACACUCAUUCAGGGCAAACUGACGACAGACUUCAGUCCGCUGGCUGGAAACCUUUUCCUCUGUGCCUGGAUGUUUCUGGGAAUAAUUCUCACCGCUUUAAUUAAGUCGGAGCUGAAAAGACACAACGUGAACGUUGGAGCAGAAAGUAACCACGUGCAGGCGCUCCUGACCUUGUGUCCUUCAGAGAAGAACUCCACCGGCGUCCGGCUCCAACCGUCACUCAGCUUUUCCCGUGAGACCUCACUGUGACGCCGCCAAGACGAUCGGGGCGACUGCAGAGGUGCUGUGGAGGGGUCGGAGUUCACGGUGCACUUUGUGUGAACGGGCCAAAGGGUGAACUCCAUUUCCUUUUUAUGAAGCAUUAAUGUCUGUGAUUGGAGGAUCUUCAUGUGAGGAUCCAGAAUCAUGAAGACUGAGGUGCACGAACUUCUACAGUUUCAAUGUGGAAGAAACCAAAAAAAAAAAUCAGCUUCAUUUCCACUUUAUUUGUGCUGUAGGGGAGACGUGGUGCUGAAUGUUUGGAAUUUAGAAUUACGUCAACCAGCGUGGAGUCGGUGGUUUUAAAAAAUGCAAAACUAGAACGUAAACCUCCGCUGACAUUAGUUUCCAAUUCCACAAAUUUUUACCUUGGAAACAAUUUUCAAGGUCAAAGUCCUGUUAGAAGUGACUUUUCAUAAGAUAAAAUAUAACAGAAAAUAUAGAUCAAAAGGGCUUUUCAAUAUUAAAAACAAAUAUCCACUAAAUCCACAAUCUGGAUCAGAUGCGGAUCAGACUGAGUCUGUUCACUGAGAGUGGCUCCAGGCCGUUCACAACAAACAAACGGGCAAAAACAGAACGUUCUCCAACUUCGCCGGCGGAGGUAAAAACAAAAAACAGGUUCUAAGUUCCAAAAACUGUCCAAUCAUAUUGAACUUCUGUUCGAGCUCAGAUUCCGAUUCUGCUUCUUCUUCCAAAGUCUGUGUGAAGUCUCCUGAUGUCACAGGAUCAGGAUCACUGAUCUGGUUUAUUAUUAUUUUAAUGAUUAGAUGGUUCUGUUGAUUGUUUUUGUUUUUCCAGUCUGUCCUCACUGUUGAUGUGACAGUAAUAUUCACCCGUUUCUGUCCAGUGUCGCCCCCUGUAGGUUAAAACACCUCAGACUGAUGGCGGGAUGUUCACUGUGUACCAAUGUUUCCUGAGAUAGCAGGAAGUUGCAGAUGGCUGUACAGAGGACAUAAAGGUCGCUCACAGAACGGCAAGAAAAAAGACCUCAAAUUAUAUUUUAGGACGCAGAAACAAAGGAUGCCGCAAUAUUUACACAGAAACGUGUUUUCACACCUCCUGAGUCACAUCCAGGCCAUUAUUUUAAGAUGCACAAGGGACUGUCAAAGUACACCGUCCUGUGUGAAGGGGGGCUUAAGAUGUCUCAUGUCUUCAUCAAAGACAAAAUCUCAUUCUGUUACAGAUUAUUGUCUUUAAAUGAUGAUCUUCUACUUUUCCCAUUUUUUGAAAGUUUUAACUCACAACAGCAAAAUGCUUAAAUUAAAAAGUGGACCAACGCUGCAGGAAACUAGUCCAAAAAGCGAUGUUGAAAACACCAAACUCCCUUUGUGAAUGUCUCUGAAGGACUCUGAAGGUUACUGUCAAAUGUCAAAACUUUUUUUUUUUGUGUGGGUUUAAUGUCAUGCUACAGAACGUUACACAGACACCAGCGUGUGCACGUUUGUGUGACAGAAACUGUUUCACAGUAAAACCUGGAUCCUCACAGAAUGUCAUCAUGUGCGUUUACAUAUUUUAAAAUGUCUUCACAUCUUUAUUUGAGCUAAUCUCUGAGUUGGAGGAACACGUUAACUGACUGUUCUGUUGCAUUUAUGUUUUUAAUGUUAUUCUUAUUAUUUAUCUGUUUGUUCAAACAUUCGAGCGGUGUGUACUUUAUGUUUCAUGUCUAAGGUGCAGACAGUUUCUUCCUGUUUUUAGCAAAUGAAAGCUAACUUACUUUUGUUUAAUUUUUAUAAAGCACAUUUAUGUAGACCACAGAUGUGUCCAUGUAGUAAUUUACUUUUCAGCUAUUUCUUGUUCUCUUGUUCAGUCAAUGGUUUUGAUUAAACUCUGUAACAGUUGAAUAAUAGCACAGGAUUUACUCAGUAAAAUACUAGGAAUUUAAUUUGGACAGUGCAGCCUUUGAGAAUCUUCUAAAAACAAAAAUCUGUCUACCGUUUUAUUUUCCUCAAUCUUCAGCAUUAAUCUUUUUGGGUGAAAUAGAUUUAAGUGGCUUUUAGGUAGAUUUUCAGUUUUUUUAAGUGAUUCCUGCAGAGACAGUGUACCAAUAAAAUAUUCAACAAA